AUGAAGGUCACCACGCCUGGCCUCGUGCCCGUAUACACGGUCUCGGGCGCAUCCACAGGCAGGCCGCUCCCAGACUGGCUUGCCCGGAGAAGGAAGAGGAGUCUGAAGUACGAUCCCGAAUAUUCGAGCCGAGUCGAACUGCUUCAGGACUUUGAGUUCGAAGAGGCCAGUGUCUGUGUCAGGGUCUCCGAAGAUGGGCAGUGGAUUAUGAGCACAGGCACAUACAAACCGCAAAUACACACCCACGAUCUCAACCAACUCUCCCUGAGCUGGAACAGACACACCACAAGUCUCAACCAAUCCUUUGUCCUCCUCAGCCGAGAUGCCACAAAGUCUCUACACCUCCAGUCCGACCGCAAACUCGAGUUUCAUACCUUAGCUGGAUGCCAUCACGAAAUCAGAUUGCCACGGUACGGCCGAGAUCUUGUGUACGACCGCAACUCGUCCGAGGCCCUCGUCGCAGCUACUGGGCUGGGAUCAAACGGAACAGGGGAAGUGUUCCGGAUGAAUCUUGUUGAGGGGAGGUUCAUGAAGUCUUAUGAGAUUGAUGUUGGAGGCGACGAUGGACUGGAGGCCGGCUUGCAGGGCAGUAUUGAGGCUGGCUGCGUCAGUUCGGCCGCUGUCGCAGAGGACACCCACAACCUGCUGGCUUUCGGUACGUCCAAGGGCUCGGUGGAAUUAAUCGACCCACGUGCAAGAUCAAAAGUGGCUGUCCUGGAGGGCUUGGAGGGAGAGGUAUCCGCUCUGGAUUUCAACCCCUACUCCGGAAUGUCUUUGGCGAUAGGCACCAGCCAGGGCAUAUGCUCUGUUUUCGAUCUACGAAGACCCGUUCCUCUACUUCGAAAAGACCAAGGCUUUGGUUAUGCUAUACAAAACAUUCUACACCUCAAAACAGCGUCCCAGGAGCGAAAGAUCUUGACAUCGGACAAGAAGAUUAUCAAAAUCUGGGACGAGACGAGUGGCGAGGCUUGGACGCACAUAGAGCCCAUCACAGACCUCAACUACGUUCAAUGGGUCAAGGACACAGGCACCCUCGUGACUGCCAACGAGGGCAAGCAGCAGCACGUGUUCCAUAUCCCAUCCUUGGGCUCAGCACCGAAGUGGUGUGGGUUCCUGGACAACAUGGUGGAAGAAAUGACCGAGGAAGCUCGCACAGAGACAUACGAUAACUACAAGUUCUUGACCAUGCCGGAGUUGAAGGCACUGAGCCUGGACCACUUGGUCGGUACGGCCAUGUUACGCCCGUACAUGCAUGGCUACUUUGUCGACACCAAGCUCUACGAACAGGCGCACUUGGUUGCGAAUCCCUUCGUGCUUGAGGAGGAGCGCCAAAAGAGGACCCAGCAGAAGGUCGAGAAAGAACGCGCAAGCAGGAUUCGUGGCAUCAAGAAAGUCAAGGUCAACCAGAAACUCGCCGACAAGAUUCUUGCACGGCAAGAGAAGAGGGACACCGUGGAUACCAAAGCGGGUGUGCUCGGAGACGACCGUUUCGGCAAGCUCUUCGAGGACGAAGACUUCGCUGUCGACGAGACAAGUCGUGAAUUCAAGAUGCUCAACCCAAGCACAACGGUUGACGCAAUCUCAGGCACAUCCAAUGGUCCUCGCAGACAACUUGUUGAUUCCGAAGAAGAGUCGGACGAGAUGGCCGAAAGUGAAGACGACAGCGAGCCGAUUCCACAGACAUCGCAAGGUGUGUCCAUGCGAGUCUCGUCAUCAGGCCAGGAUGGUAGAAAUAAGGAUAUCGCUCUCGGCUCGCGGGUGCAGAAGAAUGGCCGCGUGGGCAAGAUAUCGCACAGCAACGCAGUGGGCGAGAGAUCAAUUUCUUUCAUUCCAGAACCCAAGAAAAAGCAGAGGCCUGAGCAGCCUGCCCCUGAAAGCAAACGCUCAACGCAAAGACGAAGUGCCAGCACGAAUACCUUCAGAAAACUAUAA